GAGACGGCUUCCGAGGUGGGAAAGGCGUGUGCUGUUGCUGGGCAGUUCGCAGCGGUUGUGGUGUUAGCGGUAGCGGUGCUGCGCGGCCUGAGCGUCUCACCAUGACCCGUGGCAACCAGCGUGAACUUGCCCGCCAAAAGAACCUGAAGAAAACUCAGGAGAUCCACAAAGGCAAAAGGAAAGAAGAUAGCUUGUCUGCUUCUCAGAGGAAACAGAGGGACUCUGAGAUCAUGCAGCAAAAGCAAAAAGCAGCUAAUGAAAGGAAGUCUCUGCAGGCAGGAGCAAAAUGAGCUGCUGCUAUGGAGAAGAUAAGAAUGCACUGAAUGAAGCAGAAGGACCUAGAAGAUCAUUCAUAAAAGUGUCUGGCCAUUAAAUGAUUAAACAUUUAUUGUGCAGAGUUGUUCAACUACCAUUAGUUAGAGUAUUUUAUGGUUACUAUGGGCCUAGUUGUCUACAGUGCUCUUUCAAAACUGACUACAGUCUUCUGCAUGUGUAUGAAUAAAAAUACCAAGCAAUAGCUUUAUUCUAGCUUUUGCUGCAUUUGUUAGUUUUACUUAGUGGUUCCAGUUACAGAAUUUCUGAAUCUACAGUUAGACCAGAUUUGGUUGCUUGAAUUAUUGAAAUUACAGCUUCAUUCAGAAUGGAGCACACUUAUAAAAUGUGCUUAACCUUGCAGAGGUUUGAACUGUAAAUCUCAAAAUAUUUUUACAAUAAAAUGUUGCAUGGAAUACAGCCUAA